ACAUGGACUGAAGAGACCCACCACAGAACAUGGACUGAAGAGAACCACCACAGAACAUGGACUGAAGAGAACCACCACAGAACAUGGACUAAAGAGCUAUGGCCCCAAACCAAAGCUAGUCCUUACACUCUAUUCUCUUGCUAAUAUAUUGUUAUAAUAUCUUGAAGGUUCAACCAAAUUACAAAAUGACACAUUGGUUUCCCUUCCCUUUUAGCAGUCUAUGAACAUGGUGUGACAUCAGUCCCUGCUUUGGUUUAGUUUCUCCUGACACUGUUUCCACUUGCUAACGUUUUAGCAUUCGUGGCACAAAUCCCAUUCGUCAUGUGACUGUUGAGGCAUUUCUCGCACAUCAUUUCAAAAUCAAUCAAAAGUUUUUUUAAAAUGCGUUGUGAAGGUCAACAAAGUCACUUCCAGAUGAUUUGAACAUGAUGAGAGAAUGUUAAUAUGUGAAAUCUUAAUAUCAGUCCCGUGACUUGAAUGGGAUUUUUGUAAAUGUGGGAGUGUUCGACAUUGUAGCUGACUUUAUAGGCAAGUCGAGAUCUACAAAUCACCUUGCAUGAUGAAUAACUACUCAAUAUUAUUUAUAGAUCAUUCAGUCAGUCACAAUUUACCCAUGAUACAUCACAGGUUUGAUGUUCUCGAACACUGUCUGUGUGACUGCUGAAGGAAGCCUUCUCUGCAUAAGCUUCUUGGUUCCUGACAUAGAGUUGGAUAGAAUGUACAUCUUGACAUCUUUGUCAUGAUGUCUUCUGUGACAGAAUGAGCAGCACCAUUGAGGGCUAUUUCCACAUUAAAGUAGUUUAUAUCUUCAACUUCCAUCAGUUUAAUAACAGUCGGUAUACCAACUGAAAUGGUGUAUUCAAUGGCUUAGCCGUGCUAAAACAGGCUUUGAAGCAAGUACGUCCUCUACUCAACUCUAUUGUCCCUGACUGCUUCAAUGUUGUGUCAACCACAGACUGCAAACCUCACACUCAGUGUGUAUUUAUAUAGACUUCCAGUAAGUUAACUUGCAACACAUCUCCCCUUCACUCUGUAAGUCUGCUUGACUAUAUCUUAAAAUAUGUUUAUUUUAUCAUGUGUUUGUGUCCAUGAACUUCUGUAUCCUGUUAUGUGCAUGGCGAUGCUGUUGUAAUGUAUGUUUAGUUUUUCUGUUAUUUACAGUAUACUCUGUAGAUGUAUUUCUGCGUAUUUAAUCUGAUACAGUAUUGUACAUGGGGUUACACAUAUUUUUGUAUGGUAUUUUAAGGACCAUCAAAGCAAGAGAUUGUUGACCAUCAAAAGGCCAUGAGGAUCUCCCCUCUCCUGCAGUGUGUGUUCAGGGUCACAACCACUGGUGGGUGACUUACACCAAGAGGAGAAUCUGUGUCUUGAAGGGCUCCACAGUGAACAUAUCCUCCUCUUACACUCAUCCCACUAGUUAUAUAGAACAAGGUUCAUUCUGGUUUACACAGAAACACCUUGUAGAUCUCAGGUCAUAUCCAGAGUCUGCAGGUCGUGUGGAGUACAAUAGGAACCACCACACCAUGACAAUAACAGACCUGACAGAGAAGGACUCGGCUGAAUACAAAUUCAGAUUAAUAACAACAGAUGAGGGGAGAUUUUCUGGCAUUCCUGGUGUGAUGUUGACUGUCACAGAUAUCCUGUUGGAGAUGGAUCCUACGUCUGUGUCAGAGGGGGAGACAGUCACACUGAGAUGUAGAACCCAAUGUACAGUCGGUCUCAACCCCACCUACAUCUGGAACAAGAACGGACAAUGUCUAACCAACACAAUCACCAGUUAUAACAGCCUGAUCCUAGACCCAGUCACCAGUUAUAACAGCAUGAUCCUAGACCCAGUCACCAGUUAUAACAGCCUGAUCCUAGACCCAGUCAGCAGUUAUAACAGCCUGAUCCUAGACCCAGUCACCAGUUAUAACAGCCUGAUCCUAGACCCAGUCAGCAGUGAGGAUGCAGGGAACUAUUCCUGUGCUGUAGAAGGCUUAGAGAGAAUCCUCUCUCCAGAAGAGACUCUCACUGUCAGAUGUGGCCCAAAGAACACCUCAGUAUCAGUCAGUCCCUCUGGUGAAAUAGUGGAGGGCAGUUCAGUGACUCUGACCUGCAGCAGUGAUGCCAACCCACCUGUGGACAAAUACACCUGGUACAAGAAGAACGUAACCUCACCAAAAGCAUCAGGACAGAGUUACAGCAUCACUAACAUCAUCUCUGAGGACAGAGGAGAAUAUUACUGUGAAGCUGAAAAUAAAUAUGGACGUCUCAACUCUUCUUCUGUGUUUGUGGACGUUCAGUAUACUACAACAUUGUUUCUCUGGGUUCCUGUGAUGGGGCUGCCCUGACUGUUGGAGCUCUUCUUGUCACCAUCUACUGCUAUAUGAAGAGGAGACACACAGGAGGAAGUGAUGACACAGCAGACAGACAGAGUGUCCAUCCUGACCCCAACAGUGACAUGUACACAUAUCUGAACAUGAUGACCAGGUCACCAGAGUAUGACACCCUGGCAAAUGUGAGGGACUUCGCAGUGACACAGCCCUCAGAUACAUGCUGAGCCCUCCGAUUAUGAGAAAUUAAGAGAACCACCACAGAACCUGGACAGAAGAGAACCACCACAGAGCCUGGACUGAAGAGAACCACCACAGAACCUGGACUGAAGAGAACCACCACAGAACCUGGACUGAAGAGAACCACCACAGAACCUGGACUGAAGAGCAACAACAUCAAACCAAAGCUAGGCCUCAUAAUGUUAUUCUCUUUCUAUGAUGUUGCUUUUUAAUCUAGAAGGUUUGAGAAAAUGAGCUUUAACUUUUGAGUUGAGUAUCUGGAGCAUCAGCAUUUGUGGGUUAAUUUACAGGCUCAAAAUGUCAACUUAUCUGUUUACUGUCUGUAGAUUGUAACUGCUUAUCUUUUUUAUGGGAUUUUGCCAAUUCUAGAUUUUUAUAACAUAUAAAGUUAUGUCUUGUCUUAGUGACACAAAAAUGAAUUAUAUUGACAAGAGCGUUUAAAUAUUUGUAUCUCUGGAGUUGUUCCUGAUGUGUUAAAAUAUAUUUUACUUUGUAUUGCUGUCAGUCAUUACUGGUCAUUUUAUAUUUUAUAUUAUGUAAUACCAUAUUGUUCAGUGUCAUGAUAUUCCUUGUUUCAUUAUCAAAUUAUUCAUUAUUAUGUAUUUUAGAUACAUUGAAUACAGAAUAAGCAUCAUGUUGUAAAUAAGCUCAAAGGUAGACAAUAAAAAGACAACAAAUAAAUGGAUUAUUUUGUUAAUUUA